CCAACACUGAGUGAGAUGAUCGAAACCACCAUCAAGUCCCAUGGUGUUUGACUGAUCUGUCUCACCGGAUAACAACAACUGCAAUCUGCGGAAAUGUGCUGAUCUAAACUUCUGUUGUUCUUGAACUCUGGAAGUUUUGCCGAAGAUGUCCAGUCAUUUCACGGAAGAGGAGCAAUCCUCGUAGCUCCAUUGAAAACAUUGUUUUUUGGAACAUCCAUCUCAUUGCUUGCUUGAUUUCAAGGAAAUCCUGAUUGUUGUUUGUGUGUUGGUCCACGUGAGAGGUUGAAAGUGUUUCUCCAACGCGUCCUCCAAAAACUCAGACUGUUGUCCAAAGCAGACGAGGCUCAGCCCCCUCAUUCAGAACUGAUGGGAAGUGUGAGAGCCCACCGAUACAGCAUAGUUUCCUCUGAGGAAGGCGGGAUGAAGCUGUCCCCCAUCGCUGUGCAAAAUGGCUACGGCAAUGGAAACGUUGGCAGCAAAGUGCACACGCAACACCAAGAACAAAGCCGUUUCGUCAACAAGGACGGACACUGUAAUGUGCAGUUCAUCAACAUGAGUGAAAAAGGUCAACGCUACCUGGCGGACAUCUUCACGACAUGCGUUGACAUCCGCUGGCGUUGGAUGAUGGUCCUCUUCUGCCUCUCCUUCCUGCUGUCCUGGCUUCUCUUUGGAUUAAUAUUCUGGCUUGUUGCACUUUCGUCAGGGGACUCGGAGAAUCAAGAACAGAUUUGCAUUUCGAACGUCGACAGCUUCACAGCAGCCUUCCUGUUUUCCGUGGAGACACAAACAACUAUUGGAUAUGGCUACCGAUAUGUAACGGAGGACUGUCCUAUUGCAGUCUUCAUGGUGGUUUUCCAGAGCAUCUUGGGAUGCAUCAUUGAUGCUUUCAUCAUUGGUGCAGUCAUGGCUAAGAUGGCUAAGCCUAAGAAAAGAAAUGAAACCCUUGUGUUCAGUCACUACGCCACAAUAGCCAUGAGGGACGGUAAACUGUGUCUGAUGUGGAGGGUCGGGAACCUCCGGAAAAGCCACCUGGUGGAAGCUCACGUUCGUGCCCAGCUGCUCAAAUCUCGUACCACCGUUGAAGGUGAGUUCAUCCCGCUGGAUCAGAUAGACAUUGAUGUGGGAUUCGACACUGGUAUUGACCGUAUAUUUUUAGUGUCUCCCAUCACCAUUGUCCAUGAGAUUGAUGAGGACAGUCCAUUCUAUGACAUGAGCAAACAGGAACUGGAAAGUUCGGAGCUGGAGAUAGUCGUGAUUUUGGAAGGCAUGGUGGAAGCUACGGCCAUGACCACUCAGUGUCGCAGCUCUUACGUGACGAGCGAAAUCCUGUGGGGUCAUCGUUUUGAGCCAGUCCUCUUUGAGGAGAAAAAUCAUUACAAAGUUGACUAUUCGCACUUUGAGAACACAUACGAGGUUCCCAGCACGCCUCAAUGCAGCGCUCGAGAUUUAGCCGAAAAGAAGUACAUCACAUCUAGCUCGAACUCUUUUUGUUAUGAGAACGAAGUAGCCUUCAUGGAUAAAGAGGAAACUGAGGAUGACGAUGACGAAGGUGAUGAUGAAGAGGACCAGAAUAACAGAAGAGACAGUACGGCCUUGGAAGGAUCCAUUAUUGAUGAUGUCAAAAGCACGGCUUCCAGUCAGGAUACUUUACCACUGCAGCUCAAACCUUUAAGACAGCAGCCAGAGAUAUGACAAUUUAAGAAAGAUGCUUUGUGGUGUACAGCUUACAAAUGAAAAAGCCUGACUGAGGAAAGGCUGUUUUGAUGCUGUUUUGAGAGCAUGUUGCCAUUGAUUUGAGAGGAACCCAGAAGGUUGGGUUGCAGAUGUCUUGAAACUUUCACUUUGGCUUGUUAUCUAAGAAGACCGAUCAACAAACAUGAACUUUCAAAUCUAUUUUGACACUUUAAACACAGUCAAUUUGUAAUAUAGACAAGAGCAGCACACAUUAUAGAUAUAAAGCUCUGUUCCAAACCAAGUAGGCCAAACAAUGCAACUUAACACCAAUUCCAAACCAAUCAAAACAACUCAAUAUGGCUCAUUUACAUUUCACACUUUUUUUUCUUUUUUCAAUUAAUCCACUCCUGGAAGGAAAAAAAAAUGGAUCAAUGGCAUUCUAUAUAGAACCCCAGGGUUUUGACUCAAUUUUAAAAAGCCCUUUAUACCAAUAAGGUCUAUAUAAGGAGAAAUGUCUUGCUUAAUACUUUUGUGUUGAAUGGGUUAUUUCCAUUUUUCUAGUGAUGAAGUAUGUUUACAAGAUGUUUAAUUCAUUAAAUUUAAUCAAAAUAAGUUUAAUUAAAACUAAAUCCAUAAAAUGAUCCCAUUAUAGGAACCCUUAAAAAAGGUUCUAUAGAGUGUAAUGAAGUUUCACAUUCGCAUUUUUCUAAAGAUGCAGUACUCUAAAAGGUCCAAAAGCAGUCCAUUCAAAUUGGAUAGAGCUAGUUUCCUCUCCGUCAUCUUGGAUGCACUUUUUAUUUCUUUGAGCUUGUCACAAAGCAUUCUGGGCAUUCUUUCUCCAUUAAGGAUACAGUUGGCCAAAACAAGGUAGGCUGCCUUAAGGAAGUAGUAUAAUGUUGUUUGGGAGCAGCUUUUACACAUGAAGCCAGUCUAUGAUGCUAAAACAUGCUGUCUAUGUAUGUAGCUCACUAGGUUUUGGAGCAGAGCUAUAAUUUUACAAGUCAAAAUGAUUUUACAGGACAGACAGUUGACUAUUUUGUCCCAUUGUCCUUCCUUGCACACAGGCUAUUAAUAGUACAUUCAGGAUAAUACCUUGUGUUGUGAUGAAAUCAUGUUUGUCUUCAAAAGCAGAGCCGGUAUAAUGAAGCUUGUAGUGAAGAUGAGAACCAAAUGUUUCCUUUUGAUCUCGUCUAUGCCAUAGAGGAGUUUUUGAGCAUUUAAACUCAAGAUAAAUUCAAGAUAAAUGAGCAGAAGUAUAAAGUUAGAACACUAGCAUCCAUAUUUCACAUUUAUAAUGUAGUUGUCAUUGACAGUAGGCAUUUUUAUGUGAAGAGCUAUGUGUUCACAGAUGAUUUGAAAACCUUGACUGAAAAUAAUGAACCUGUUAAUGAGCUGGUCUCUUAACAUACUUCUCUACUCUUUCUAUAAAUACCGUUCUGUUGCAGAAAUCUGUUGAUGACGUACAUUUGAUGUGGUUAAAUGCAUUACGAUAUCAGUACUGAAGAUUAGCCAUCCAUUUUAAUGACCGUAUAAGCUAAUCUAGGGCACUUAUUGUUUGACCAUUAGUGAACGUAAAGCUCCUCAGUCCAUGUACUGCAUCUUCUGUGACCUGAGCGACAGGGCUUGUUAAAGCACACUUAACAUCUCAGGGUUUGGAUGAAAUCUGGCAUUCAUACAGCACAAAUGGUCAAAGAGUUGUAAAUACACUACAGCAAAUCUUUGAAUAAUAUGUAAAGAAUGUCAUGUUCAUAGCAGUAUAUGUGCUUUCGAUGUGCAAUAUAGCUUCAGCGACUGAAGACAUGAAUGUUAAUGUUUAUGAAUGAAGGCACAAAUGUUACUUAUCUGCUGCUAUUUAGGAAAGAUUAUAAAAUAUAAACAUGUUGACAAAAGGAGAAAAAAAACUAUUUUAUUUUGUAUGACAUAAUGUGUUCAAACCCAAUUAAUAAUGACUUGCAAUGCUGUGAAACAGUUGGGGACCAAUAUCUAAUCUGUUUUUUAUAUAUAUACAAGACUGUGAGAGUAGCUAUCAAACCACAAUAAAAGUUAUUAUUGAUUAACAAUGUAAUCUGCGGUGUGAUCAUCUGCAGAAGUCUGCCUGAUUUGUUAUAAAUUCAAGGUGAACCCCGGUCCAUGAUUUUAAAUGUUUGGUUUUAUGCAUAAUUAUGUUCUGUGUUUCUAACAUUAAGUAUAAAAAGCCUAAAAUUAAUAUCGUUGACAUGUUUGCGACAUCAUAUAAUAUUAAUUUAUUAUAUAUAUUUCUUUGGCCUGCAGAAUAUUUGAUAUUUCAUAAAAAUAAAGGUAUUUUGAUUGCCACAAAUUAUGUAAUCCUAAAUGAUAACAUUUCAGAGUAUGGCAUCACAUAUGUAUACAUGCUACAUUUAAAGAGAAGACGUUCAUUCAUGUACAGUAGUUGACAUUCAGAUCAUCCAGACAAGGAUUGUGUGGCCGGACUAAUUUAAAUCCAUGACCCUAGUUUGUGUAAAGAGAGAAUCGAUUGGACACAGGAGAUGCAAUGUGAGGAUUGGAUUUUGUUCUGCUGAAAGUCUGAUUUCUCCCUGAGGCAAUU